AUGGCGAAGAAGAAGCAGCAUAUGAUCAACCCAAAUGAUGAAAUUGCCCAACAUCCCAAUAAGGAGUUGAUUGAGGUCAUGAAGAGGGACGAGAGAUUUGCAGAUGAGUGGGAAACACUGGAGAUUAAAGAAAUGGAAUUGUUGUCUCUCAAGAUAGACUUUUUGCGUGAAGUUGUAUCUGCCCUUCUUGGAGCAACUCCUUAA